AUGACUGACGUUGGGGAGGAGCAACUGACGGAGGAAAAAGGCGCAAAUUACGACUUCACGGAUGAGAGUAUGAGCGUGGGUCCCUUUGACCCCUGGUAUGUGGAACUGGGGGACGGACAUUUGGACGUGCUGCAUGAGCGCUGUCAGGAACUAGCCGUCCCGCAUCAGCUCAAACUAGACAUUCAUCAGAUUCUGCAAAGCGAUGAUCCAAGCGAUUCCUCGAUUUGCUAA